AACUGAAGGAGAGCGGAGACUGGAGAACUGGGUUAUAACGUCAGCUGUCCUUUACUGAGGGGCUAGGCACCGGAAGUGCCCAAUAAUGAACUAACAGUGGGGAGCCUAGUGCCCUACCGGAGCGUGUAGGGAACAGCUGUCAGAGGCAUAAGGAAUUCCUGAGACCGUAGCUUGGAAAGCCGGCAGGUGGCCACAACAUUGUGCCUGACGAUUCCCCCUCAUUUGAUACAAUGCCCACUCAGUGCAUGGAAUUACAGACAGAUUGUUUUUCAUUGCAGGGGCAUAGUUCAUCCACUCUCCCAUCCAGUCAACAUGGACACUGUGGAGAUUCUACUCUGCUGAGUGAAAGCCCAUUACUGAAUAAGUCUUGCUUGGAAAUGACAUCUUUACAUGAGCAGGGUGAAGCAGCAAGACAUAAGGCUAUCUUUGGCAUACCUUCCAUUGAUAUGGACCUCAGUGUUCUCUUUGGUCCGGAAGACGUCUCAUCAAAAGGGAAUCGUGAAAACCAGGGGACUGAUCCCGGCUCUGUCCAGUCAGUAGGCUCUUUACCAAAAAUGCACUCUGCCUCCAUCAGACCAUUUGCUAGUGAUCAUAUACCAGAACCGAUCCAGGUGGAAAAGCCUGAAGAACUGGGGGACCAAGGGAUCACUCUUCAAGAAGAUGUGGAAAUGAGUAAUGACUCUAUGAGCAAUGAAGUUACAGAAUCUGAGGAAAAUGGAAAGGAACUUUCAGAAAAGAGCUGCUCCGACGUCCGCUCUCCUCAAUGCAGCUCCAAUGCUUUCUCACUAAUGAUGGCUGACACUGAACACAACCCAUCUACUAGUGGAUACAGCAGUGAACAGCCAGAUAAAGAGAAAACUCAGAAGGACUUGCUGAAAACUCUUAAGGAGCUACGAUCCCAUCUGCCACACGAUAAGAGAAUCCGUGGCAAAUCCAGCACUGCUGCAGCGCUCAAAUAUGCUCUACACUGCAUCCAGCAAGUUCAAGCAAAUGAAGAGUACUCCCAGAUGCUAAUGGUGAACGGGGAGCUGCCAUGCCGCUUAGAGGUGUCGUGCUACUCUGUGCAGGAGAUUGAGAAUAUCACUUCAGAGUAUACUCGAAACAAUACGGACAUGUUUGCUGUAGCAGUUUCCUUGGUUACUGGAAGGAUCAUCUAUAUUUCAGAGCAAGCUUCGGUGGUCCUACGUUGUGGACCAGACAUGUUCUCACAGAUUCGUUUUGUUGAACUAAUUGCCCCACAGGAUGUCAAUGUAUUCUACAGCUCAACCUCUCCGUACAAACUGCCAUCCUGGAAUAUCUGCUGUGGGGCAGAUUCUAGUUAUGUGGAUUGUAUGGAGGAAAAAUCCUUUUAUUGCCGCAUCCGCUGUGGACGGGUAUCCAGAAAAGAAAUUUUGUACCACCCUUUCCGGAUGACCCCUUACCUGAUCUGGGUGAAGACAGAGGAGACUGCUAAGGAGCAGCUGUGUUGUGUGCUGUUUGCUGAGAGGGUUCAUUCUGGCUAUGAAGCUCCUCGGAUCCCUGCUGAUAAACGCAUCUUUACCACUACUCACACACCAAGCUGUUUGUUCCAAGACAUAGAUGAGAGGGCUGUGCCCCUUCUUGGAUACCUGCCCCAGGAUCUAAUUGGAAGCUCUAUUUUAUUGCAUAUUCAUCCCAAAGACCGACCCCUUAUGCUAGCUGUGCACAAGAAAAUUCUGCAGAAUGGAGGGCAACCUUUUGAUUUCUCCCCAAUCCGUUUCUGUGCUCGUAAUGGGGAAUACAUCACUAUUGACACUAGCUGGUCCAGCUUCAUCAAUCCCUGGAGUCGCAAAGUGUCCUUCAUCAUUGGCCGGCAUAAAGUUAGAACGGGCCCAGUCAAUGAAGAUGUCUUUGCUGCUCCACCACACACUGAAGAUAAGUCUCUACAUCCUGGGAUUCAGGAGAUCACAGAACAAAUCUAUCACCUCCUUAUGCAGCCUGUGCACAACAGCAGCUCCAGUGGAUACGGCAGUCUGGGCAGCAAUGGUUCCCAUGAGAAUCCGAUGAGUGCAGCAUCCUCCAGCGACAGCAAUGGAAAUUCAAAUGAGGACAUAAAGGACAAACAUGUUGCAUGCCAGGACCUUAUGAGAGAACAUGGCCGUGCCAUCAAAGAAAAUAAGGAGAAGCAAAAACUGACAAAAAAUCUGCUAAUAGAUCAUUCUCCCGGCACCAGGGAUUUUAUUAAAGAAGUCAUUACAGAUGGUCCUGGUAGUGGUCCCUGUCCUGUACAAAGUGAAGAUUUGCCAACAAAACAGCACCCGUACUCCUAUCAGCAAAUCAGCUGCCUAGACAGUGUUAUCAGGUAUCUGGAGAGCUGCGGCGUGCCAACAAAAAGCAAGUGGGAUUCUUCUGGCUGUAGAGAGAUGGCUUCCUCUCACUCUGACCAUAAUCCUCUUCAGCACCAAAAAACAGAGUUGGAAAAGAGUUUUCUCAGUGGUGAAGCCAAGCUUAACCAAGGCAACCUGGUUGUGUCGGAAACCUUACCCAAGUUGCCAAGCUGCACUACUUGCCCAUCUCUCAAACUCAUGUCUCAAGCUUCUUCCUCAGGCCCUUGCAUCAGUCUCGUUACUGGGGUGCCAGACUCUACUAUUUCCUCGCUGCAGGCAACACAACCUCUUUCUGCACAGGGCUCUCUGCCUUGCACCCCACUCACCUCUAUCUCUGUUGCACCCUGUCCUGCCCUUACUCCUCUAUCUCUGGGCGCCAAGGCUGAAAGUGUAGUAUCCUUCACCAGUCACUGCAGUUACAGCAGCACAAUUGUACAUGUUGGUGACAAGAAGCUGCAGCCCGAAACAGAGAUGGAGGAUGGUCCAUCAGCCCCGGGGGAUCCAGCACCCAUUUCUGCUAGUGUGGCAGAGUCAUACAGACAGAUGGGACUAACCAAGGAAGUGCUGGCAGCCCACACUCAGAGAGAAGAGAAUGAUUUUCUCACUGGCUUUAUGGAUAUCAAAAAACUCAGUGCCUUCCAGGACCGGUGCAAUAGCUACCUGCAUGAAAGGCCAGGGGCCCCACGUACACGCCGUGCCCAGGGAGCGGAUACAUCCUGGAAGAGAACUGGCAAAACUCGAAAGCCUAAAACAAAGAGAGUGCGCCCAGAAUCCUGGGAUAGCAGCAGUUCUGGUGCUCAACAAGCCCCUCGAUGCCCUCUGCCUGGUCUCAACACUACGGCCUGGUCACAAUCUGAUGCCUCACAUGCCAGCUAUCCUCCAUUGCCAUACCCUGUGCUUCCUGCCUAUCCCCUACCGGUAUUUCCUUCACCACAGAUUCCGGUGCCAAACGAAACUGCUCAGAUUCCUUCGGCCAAUGCAUCUACUUCUCAGCCUUUCCCUGCACCAUUGCUUCCCCCUAUGGUUGCCCUAGUUUUGCCUAACUAUGUGUACCCUGCCAGCCUACCAACUUCUCUUUAUCCAGGGCCUGCACCUCAGCCUGCAUUUCCUGCGCAGCAAACUUCAUAUCUUCCCCAAUCCACCUUCCCUGCUUCACAGCCUACUUUUCCUGCUCCAGCCCCAGCAUUCUCUGUUCCGCAACCUAAUUUCACUGUUGCACAGCCUGUAUUCCCCACACCACAAAAUGCAAUGUCCGUUCUGCAACCAUUAUAUACUCCGCAGCCUGUGCAGAUCCCUUUCCCAGCACAGCCCAUGUCAUUUCCCAUUCCUGCCACUACACUAAAGAUGAAAGAGGGGAUUUCUCGCUCUUCAACUCCACAAGAGCCGCCAUCUCCCCCUCUUUUCCAGUCACGCUGUAGCUCUCCAUUGCAACUCAACUUACUACAGUUGGAAGAGACCCAGAAAGUGGACCAUACUGAAGGAAACACAGGAUCCACAGAUAAAGGUGGCGGAAGUAGCUCUGUUUUGGUGAAACUAUCUGAAGACUCUGAGCUGCACCUCUGUAGAGCAGCACCUCCUGCAGAUGCUCAGAACAGUGAUGCCAUGUCAAUCUGCAGUGAUCUAAUGGACUUUCUGAGGGAGGACGCAUCUUCUGGUACAUGUUCUGCCUCUUCUGCCAUCUCAGACUCCAUGACGUCAGGAUCACAUGGCAAUGGUACAUCUGGAAGUCAAACAGGAAGUAGUUUGACAAGCCGGAGCAGCAAGUACUUUGGAAGUGUAGAUUCAUCUGAAGACAAAGCGCAUGGGGGGCAGGAGACCAAAUCUCCAAGUAGUAAAAGCAUUAUGAAAUAUGUUCUCCAGGAUCCAGUAUGGCUGCUCAUGGCCAAUGCAGAUGAGAAUGUGAUGAUGUCUUACCAAAUCCCAAAGAGGGAUAUUGAAGUAGUUCUGAAAGAGGAUCGCGAGAGGUUGAAAUCUCUCCAAAAAAUUCAGCCUCAUUUCACAGAGGAUCAGAAAAAGGAACUGGGAGAGACUCAUACCUGGAUGCACCGAGGAGGACUGCCCAGAGUAACGGAAGUGACAGACUGUGUUUACUGCAGAGGUAGAGGUUCAGAGUAUGGGGAAGCUGUCCAAGCACUGGAGUUGAGUGAAAUCAUGGAGUCAUGUGAUUAGAAUCAAACAUGGAAACUACUGACUGUCUCCUGAAUUGAUCACCAGCUACUUCACACUCACCAGCAGAGGAUACAGGGCUUCACAUUGUGCAUUCCUGGCUGCCUAGGAAAUACUUGCUCUCAACACUGAUUUCCCCUUUAUGUUGUCUGUUUCAUACAGAUUUAUGAAGUUCAUCAACCAGGCGUCAUGUGGAUCCUUGAACAGGAAAGAUGUACCAGUACUAUUCUAUAUAACAAUUUGAAUUGCCCUUGCAGACUGGCCACACUAUCCUCUAGGCCACUGGUUCCCAAACUGGGCCUGUCCCCUCCCCCCAAUGGGUGGCUUGGAACAGUGACAGGUGGGGCUCAGCCUAAAGGCCGGUUAAGUGUGCGAAUUGGCGAGAAUGGUCAUUGGCUCUCCUUGAUAAAUCUGAAAUCCCAUCUUGAAGGUCAGUUAGGGUGAGAUAUGGGUUGAAUAUGUAUUUC